CUUCAGAUGGCUCAAACUGUAGAUUCCAGCAACAUUGAGAAGUUUGUCAAUUGCACCAAAAUCAACGGCAACCUCAUCUUCCUCAUCACAGGCAUUAAAGGGGACAUGUUUCAUGGCAUAAAAGCUCUGGACCCUGAUCGGUUAAAUGUAUUCCGCACCGUCAGAGAGAUCACAGGUUUCUUGAACAUUCAGUCUUGGCCGGAAAACAUGACAGAUCUUGGCGUUUUCUCAAACCUUGCCACCAUCGGAGGACGCUCUCUGUAUAGAGGCACAGUCACGCCUCGUUUGAUUCCCGCCACUUCAAAGGAAACUUGCUGUAUUUUCAAAGCACCAGAAAUUGGCACAAGAGCGAGAAGAGUGGAAGACAAUGAGCAAGAAGGAAAACAGCCCCGCAUAAACCCAAAGCGGACUCUGCUCCCUAAACGCAAAGCGACCUGUGGGUUGGAGCGCUGGGGAAAAACCCAGGCGGAGCGGAAGAAAGCGGGAUAA